AUGGGAACCGCUGGUCAUCAAGGCAAGACUCUAGGUCUAAUAUGGGAGGCCACUAAAGAUGAACUAAUGUUCAACACCGCGCUGCCUAGGGUACCGGAGGAGGUCAAGACGUCAGCACGCCCGCCGACUAAGCGCGAAGCCCUCAGCGCUGUCAUGUCGAUCUUCGACCCACUUGGACUGCUAAGCCAUCUCACCAUAACGGCUAAAAUCCUACUGCAAGACUUAUGGAGACAACAGAGGAUAGGAUGGGAUGACCAAGUGCCGGAAGAAGCCGCCGAGGACUUCACUAAAUGGAUACGAGCGGUCGACAGCGUGCGAGAAGUUAAACUGCCCCGUUGCUAUGCGCCAACGAGGGGAGUACUGGAGCGUCAGCUACACGUAUUUAACGACGCGAGCGACAGAGCGUACGCCACGGUAGCGUACUGGCGAAUCAAAUACGAAAACGGAGAGGUCAUCAUCACGCUCGCCGGCGCAAAGGCUAAGGUAGCACCGGUGAAGGCACAGAGCAUACCGCGACUCGAACUGCAAGCCAGCCUCAUAGGUGCACGACUCGCCCACAGUAUACAAGAAGAACAUAGACAGAAGGCUGACAGGAUCGUGCUCUGGUCAGACUCGAAGACCGCUCUCCACUGGAUUCGCAACGACAUCAUCAAGUACACGCCGUACGUAGCUCACCGCGUAGGCGAGAUCGCUAAUCUCACGCACGUCGAACAAUGGAGAUGGAUACCGAGCGAGUUAAAUGUAGCCGACGACGCCACACGACCUAACUACGAGGUGCGAGCCGACCAAAGAUGGUUCAUUGGCCCGGCGUUCCUCCGGGAAGAAGAAGAAAGGUGGCCAUCGGAACGCACCGAAGAGGAAAAUGACAACGGACAAGACGAGAUAGUCUGCGCCACGGACAACAGCGAGGGGCCGGCCUACCUAUCUGACAUAAGUCGGUUCUCCUCUUACGAGAGACUCGUCCGUGCGACAGCCUACGUCUUACUAGCCGUCGAUAAAAUGAAGAAACGAACGCGAACACUGAAACUCGCCCAUAUCACAAAGGCAGAAGAGCUAUGGUAUAAGAAAAUGCAAGAGGACUCGUACUCCGACGAAAUAGAACGACUGAAAAAGGACUUGAAGUUACGUCCGAACAGCGCGCUGCGUAAGCUCGACCCACGGAUAGACGACAGAGGCUUACUUACACUACACGGUCGCGUGGGCGUGGCGAGAAUAAGCGAGCAGUCAAAAAGCCCGCUAAUAAUGGACGGCCGCCACGCUUUCACCCGGCUACUCGUCGCGCACGCACACAAGGCGGCGAACCACGCCAACCGAGAGCAAGUUGUCAACGACCUGAAACAGAAGUUCUAUAUCACACUGAAGAAAGCCAGACCGAGACCGCAAGUUCACGGAGACCUGCCCUACGAAAGACUCGCAGCGCACGCGAGGCCAUUUAGCUACACGGGCCUCGACUUUUUCGGCCCUAUGUACGUGACGGUCGGGCGACAUAAGGAAAAGCGCUGGGGCGCCCUGUUUACGUGUCUCACUACGCGAGCGGUCCAUAUAGAGAUCUCACCGUCGCUAUCUACGGAUUCCGCUAUUAUGUGCCUACGGCGGAUGGCGGCGCGGCGGGGGUGGCCAGUAACAAUCUACAGCGAUAAUGGGACGAACUUUCAUGGAGCGGACGAAGAGCUGCGAGCAGCGCAGCGAGAAUGGGGUCCACAACUCAAGGACUUCGCUCUACUACAACGAACGAACUGGAAAUACAUCGCACCCGGGGCACCGAAUCAAGGUGGAGCAUGGGAGCGGCUAAUACGCUCGGUUAAGACAGCGUUAGUCGCCACACUACACGAGCGCUACCCCAGGGACGAAGUACUCGCCACAUUACUCACGGAGGCAGAGUACACGGUCAACGCACGCCCUCUCACUCACGUGCCAGUUGAACCAGGAGACAUGGAGGCGCUAACACCGAAUCACUUCCUACUGGGGACCUCCGGCGGCCUACCCACUACCGGGCCGUGCAGGGAGGUAGACAGGAGGACCUGGAGGGCCACGCAGGCGCUGGCUGACGUGUUUUGGCGUCGAUGGCUAACGGAGUACCUACCUACACUCAUACCACGUGGAGGCACACGGAGCGGGCGCGGAGCGGACCUGAAAGUUGGUAACGUCGUGAUUAUCACUGAUCCAGUACUGCCGAGGAACAUCUGA